CGGGGCAUGGCGGAGGGCGCGGCGCUGCGGGCCGUGCGGGGCUGCCUGGCCGCCUUCCCGCGGGAGGCCCGCGAGCUGGGCUGGCCGGAGUCCAUACCCUAUCUUGAUAGGCCUCCAUCCCCACUGGAGUUUUACCGAGAGUGGGUGAGUCCAAAUAAACCCUGUGUAAUUCGCAACGCCAUCAACCACUGGCCGGCUCUGAAGAAAUGGACCUCAGCGUACCUCAGGGAGGUGGUAGGUCCCAAGGUGGUGAGUGUGGCAGUGACACCAAAUGGUUAUGCAGAUGCAGUGUUUCAGGACCGUUUUGUCAUGCCAGAGGAGCGCCAAAUGCCUUUCAGGGAUUUCCUGGACAUUGUGGAGAAGAAAGUGACCUCUCCCAACGUAUUCUAUGUGCAGAAGCAGUGUUCAAACCUCACUGAGGAGUUCCCUGAACUUGUCUGUGAUGUGCAGCCUGACAUACCAUGGAUGAGUGAGGCACUGGGGAAGAAACCUGAUGCUGUGAAUUUCUGGGUUGGCGAGUCCGCUGCUGUGACAUCUUUACAUAAAGAUCAUUAUGAGAACUUAUACUGUGUGGUAUCUGGAGAGAAAUAUUUUCUACUGCAUCCACCAAGUGACCGUCCCUUCAUCCCAUAUGAGCUCUAUCAGCCAGCCACCUACCACAUAUCAGAAGAUGGUUCAUUUGAAAUUGUUGAUGAGAAGACUGCAGAGAAGGUGCCCUGGAUCCCUCUGGACCCCUUGAAACCAGAUCUAGAACUGUAUCCAGAGUAUGCUCAGGCAAAACCUCUGCAGUGUACAGUGAAAGCUGGUGAGAUGUUAUAUCUGCCUUCUCUCUGGUUCCAUCAUGUUCAGCAAUCACAUGGAUGUAUUGCAGUGAAUUAUUGGUAUGACAUGGAAUAUGACAUUAAGUACAGCUAUUAUCAACUACUAGACAGUCUCACAAAAGCUGUGCAAAUGCCAUAGCGAAGGUGGGAGACUCGAGCCUGUGAUGUCUGUUCCUGAUGUGACGCAAUCAUCAGCAUCUGUGACUGGAGUACAAAUGUGAACAUUAAAUUGUGGUCAACAAUGCCUGCUGAACACAUCAUGGCUAUUUUUCUUGAUUUCAGAGUCCAGACCAAUUGGCCAGUUUUUUUGGCUUAUAAGUAGAACUAUAAAUAAAAAGCUAUACAUUUUUA